AUGGUCAACCCAACCCCCCGCUUCUGGGCCGGCCCCCUGCGCUACCUGCACUGGUCGGCGCGCGAGAAGCCGGCCUUCUUCUAUUCCGUGGUCCUCGGGGCCAGCGGGCCCUUGAUGCUGCUGACCGUGCCGCCUACCAUGAAGCGCCUGGGCUACGAGCGCGCGAAGCCGAUCCCCAUGACGUAUCCGAUUCCCCAAGGUCCGAGAAAGACGUUAACCGGCUACGACGACUGA